UGAUACAAAAUUAAGUGACCAAUUAUGUUAUGGGUAUUAAAAGGGUAUUAAAGUGUCAUGGAAUUAAUGUGUAGAUACCAUAAGUUAAUUUAUAAUUUGUUGAGGGGCCAAAUUAUAAAUACCCAAGAGUUAUUCUAAGAUGACUCUAUAAAUAGGUAGUGGUCCCCAAGAAACACUGGGGUUUCUGUAUUCUCUCCUUCCCCAUCAGAGAAAAUACUUUAGAAAAUAGUGUAUUCUUGGAAGAUCAAAACCUUCUCUGCAAUCUCCAACAAUGGCUUCAGGUUAGUGCUUCCGCUGAUCUUUUAUCAUCAUCUUCUUCUUUAAUUUAACAAAGGCUUUAUAGAUUUAUAUGAUUUAGGGUUUUCUAUAUUAAAGCACUUUAGGAAUAUGUUUAGAUCUGUGAUUUAUAUAUUUCUUUAAGUGUUUUAUAAACCCUAACAAGUGGUACCAGAGCCACCUUUGUUAAAUUGAUUGAAGAUCUGAUAAUUUAGUUUAUAAAAUUUGGGGAUUUUAAAAAUUAGGGUUUUGAUUUCUGUUUAAAUAAUUCUGCCACUGUAUUUUUAUUUGGGGGCUUUAGAUUCAAUCCCAUAUAUCUAAUUACAUAUAUGAUAUAAUAUUUUGAAUCUGUGUAUAUGUUUGAUAUAUCAUAAUAUGCGAUCAUUCAUAAUGGAAUUCUCCGUCGUUUGUAGUGUCUUUGUUAAUAUAUAUAGACUUUUGAAUACGGUUUUCGAUGAUCUUCUUUUCUCUAUUUGACUACAGUUAACUUUGUUAUUUACUUUUGAAAAGCCUAAGCCCAAUUUGUUUUUUUUUUAAUAUCUCAUAAUAUCAUGUUUUGAAUUAUGUGAUAUAUAUACAUAUAUAUAUUCUUCAGUCGACUAAUUUGGCUUCAGACAUCCCUCUUUUUGAUUGAUGUAAGCGUGGCUUCAGAUCAAUUGUUUUUUUGGUAUUGGGCUUAUGGGCGACUACUUCUUGAUGUGGUCAUAUUAUUGUAAAUAUAUAUAUAUAUAACCUGUUAUGUGAUCUUUUGCAAGACCGUAGGUUAUACGUACAUACAUUUAUAUAUUAUUUUGUUAUAUAUGCCAGAUGUUAUAUACAUAUUUCAGUUCGGUUUACUAUUAUAUAUGCUACGGUAAAAUUAUUUUAAUUAAGAUAUUUUGAAAACAAUUAAAUUCAAAUUUUGGUGUUGGUUUAUGACUAAUAUUUGAGUAAAUUAAUUGAAACAAUAUGUCGCCAAAGUGACCUCUUUUGUGUAGAUUAAUUUAUUUAAAUAUUAGGAUGGUUGUGUGUUUGUAAUUGAUGCUUAUAUUGACUAGCCCAAAGGUAAGUGAAUAUUUUGCUAGAUUUCAAACAUACCUGUGGCAAUAAAUGUGUGACAAUUAUAAAGUAUUUUGUGUGAGCAAUACGUUAGUCCAAAGAUUAACCUAUUGUUUGACACAGUUUUAUUGUCAAUAUUUGAUUGCUACACCAAGAGUGCCGCUUACAGUUAAUAUUACUGUCCAAAGACUUGAUAUUAAUGUGUGUUUGGUAUCUUGAGAUGGGAUUAACCAAUUUUUGAAUUUAUUGUUUAAUUAUGCAUAUUAAUGUGAGCAUGUUUUAUUUGUUCUAUAUUUAGCUAGUUCAUCUUCUGCUACCUCAAUAUCUGCUAAUAUUAGUUCUAUUCCUAUGCUUAAUGAGACCAAUUUCAAGGAUCGGAAAAGGAACUUACUUAUAGUUCUGGGAUGUAUGGAUUUAGAUCAUGCACUAAGGAAUGAACAACCUGCACCUCUUACUAAGGAAAGUUCCCAUGAUGAUAAAAGGGAAUUUGAGAGGUGGGAUCGUUCAAAUCGCAUGAGUCUAAUGAUUAUGAAACACAGCAUUCUAGAAGCCUUUUGGGGCACAGAAUCCGAAGGGGUUACUAUGGCUAAGAAUUUCCUUGAACAAAUUGAGGAACGUUUUGCUAAAAACGAUAAGGUUGAAAUGACAACACUUCUUGGUUCUUUAAUGAACAUGAAGUAUAAGGGUCAAGGAAAUGUAAGGGAGUACAUUAUGAAAAUGCAUCAUAUUGUCUCAAGAUUAAGGACACUUAAGAUUGAGCUUUCAGAUGAUGUACUUGUACUCAUGGUUUUGUUAACGCUUCCUCCACAGUUUAACCAAUUUAAAAUUAGUUACAACUGUCAAAAAGAGAAAUGGACUCUCAACGAGCUUAUUUCUCAUUGUGUGCAAGAGGAAGAAAGGUUGAAAAAGGACAAAACCGAAAGUGCUCAUUUGGCCACUACCCCUAAGGAUAAGGGCAAGAAAAGAAAAUUUGAGAAUGAAGCUGCUAAGGGUCCAGUUCCAAAGAAACAACAACAGGAUUCUAGAGGGUUGUUUCUUUUGUAACCAACCUGGACAUGUGAAGAAAGAUUGUGCCAAAUAUCACGCAUUGCGUGUAAAGAAAGGGUUGCCUGAGCUACCGAAAGCCAAGUGAUGGUGAAAGAUACAUCUUUGUGGGCGAUGGACAAUUGGUAGAAGUGGAAGCAAUUGGGCAUUUCAGAUUGUUAUUAGGAACUGGUUUUUAUUUGGAUUUCAAAGACACUUUUGUUGUGCCGUCUUUUAGACGGAAUUUAGUUUUCGUUUCUUUGUUGGACAAAUUUGGAUAUUCUUGUUCAUUUGGAAACAAUCAGUUUACUUUGUCUUUAAA